AAUCAUAGAGUAAUGCAUUGUACAUUUUUUAAUAAAAUUAAAAUGGUACUAUCUUUCCAGACGGGAAUAAACUUCUAUAUUUAACGUAUUUUUCCAUUUUUCUUAAUUAAUUCUGUAAUAAUAUAGGAAAUUUUAACAGGUGCUAAUGUCGGGAUUAACUUGAGACUGGUGUUAAUAAACUUUAAUCCCAUAUUAUUGUGUAAAUAAAUAUUUUUGUGGCCAUCAUGUUCUCAGGCAAGGAUGCCGCAAACCCUGCGUAUCCUACGCAAUGGGCCUUAAAUCCAAAUGCUUAUCAAAAUGUAGACUCUAGUCAGGUGGAUUGGGCCGCUCUUGCUCAACAAUGGAUCGCCAUGAAAGAGGCUGCGGCUAUCGUAACAGCGCCCCCGGCGUCAUCGAUGAAGGCCGACACGGAAGAAGGCGAAGCCCCAAUGGAAGUAGAAAAUUCUGAUGGUAAUCCGGAUGGCCCUAUUCCACCUGGCGCGGAGUGGGAUGCGGCGACUAAUACAUGGACAAAUAAUUGGAACCAAUGGGGCUGGGGAUGGUCUGCAUCUGGAGCAGUGGACCCUAAAAUGGACCCUUCCAUGGCUAUGACACCUCUCAUGGAUAGUUAUGUGCCACCCGAUGGAAGUGCUGCUAUGUCAGGGUACACAUCUAAUGCUGUACCUGCGCCAACGUUCCAGCAUGGAUACUGGACUGCGCCGCAGGUAGAGUCCAGUGGUAGUAGAGGCAGCAGCCGCAGUAGAGAUAGAAGAUCCAAGAGCAAAAACCGAGAGCACAAAUCAACAAGAAGUUCACGAACUCCAAGGGAAAAGGCGCCGGUAAUAAUGCCAGUGAUAGAACCUGUAGUUGUUCCGACAACAAUGCCAACAUCCACCAUCGAUGCAGCUAAACGGAGGCAAUUGCCUGCCUGGAUUAGAGAAGGUCUCGAAAAAAUGGAGCGAGAAAAACAAAAGGUUAUAGAAAGAGAGCAGGAGAAACUGGCACGGGAGGAAGCGGAAAAGCAGAAAAAGAAACUAGAAGAAGAAGAAUUAGAGAGAAUUAAAUUGGAAGGGAGUGGACAACCCUUACCUCCGCCGAAGAGUAAAUUUGAUACAGAUUCUGAUGGUGAAGAAUCAGAAAAAGAUGUAAAACCUUUACCGACUCCAGCAGAGCCUGAUGAAGUAGAGGAUCUGAAAGAAGCAAGUAUAGAACGAGAGCAGCCUUCACUAAUCAAGAGGAGUAAAGAGGAGAUCAUGCAGGAUGUGAUGUUGGCGGUUCGUCGGUCACUUACAGAAAUCCUGCUUGAGGUGACAGACCAUGAGAUUCAUAUGGUGAGCCAGGAAGAAAUGGCCCGGUAUACCGCCGCACAAGCAUCGCGCCUCAACGCCAUGAGGGCAAGCAAGUCCAAGGCACUCGCCGCUAUCGCCAGUGGGCUCGGGCUGGGCGCGUACGAGAGCAGCAGCGAGGGCAGCGGCGAUGAAGAAGAACGGAAUGAUUUGACUGAUCAGCAAUUGCAGGAAAUAAUAAAACGCAAGAGACAAGAGUUCGAGCGAACAUCGCGGGAGAUCGAGGCAGAGGUGCGGCGAGCGGAACAGCGAGAAGUCGAGGAACCAUCUACGCCUGGCGGCGUCACGCCAGAUAGGCCGAAGCAAUUGCGUUCAUCAGCAACUCCUCCACCUAUUGAUAGCGAGACUCCAGAAAAGAUUGUAGAACGUCGUUCUUCUAAAGAUAAACGCAAUAAUAACAAAUCAAAUGACAGAGUUGAUGGUAUCAAGAAAUUAGAAAGUAUACCAGAGGAGAAACCAAAGAAAUCAAAUAAAAAAGACUAUACACCUAGCCCUCAGAAGAGUAUUAAUAAAACGAACAAUAAAAACAGUUCUGCAUCGUCUAGUGAUUCAGAAGAAGAUUCUUCUUCUAGCUCUAAAAAUUCCUCGUCAGAGAGUGAACCUGAUAUAAAGUCUGUGAGUAAACACUCUAAAAAACGAAAACAUAGAUCUAGUUCUAGUGAUUCUGUAAAGAAAUCAAAGAAAGAAAAACAAAAGAAAGACAAGGUUUAUAAGUCUGAAGAUAGGAACUCUUAUUCAAAGUCAAAACAUCAGGAUGACUAUGAGAAAUCAAAGAAAAAGAAGGACGAUUAUUAUGAUAGGCAUAAAUCGUCAAAGAGUAGGGAUUAUGAAAGGUCCCACAAAGAUAAAUAUAGGGAUGAGUCAGAUGAAGAACGACCCAGGAAGCGAACGAAGAGAUCUCGAUCCACCAGCUACGAUUCGCGGUUAGGCCGAAGGAGGAGUUCGCGCGACCGAUCUGAGGAGCGUUCACGAAGAAGGGAGAAGAGGUCAUACGAUAGGGAUAGCUCGAAACGGGACAGGUCUUAUGAAAGGUCGAGUCGUGACUACAAAUACGAUAGGUAUGAGCGGUCUAGGGAGCACGACCGGCGGCGUUCGCGCAGCGGCAGCCACUCGCGACACCGCCGAUGAACAUCAGGUUACAAAUACUACAGGUUGGGCGGUUAUGCUUGCUUCGCGUGUAUAUAUUCAAGUAUUUGUGUAUAGUAUUUUAGUGAGCACAUUAUUUCAUGCAUUACCUAUUCCAAUAAAGGUUAU